UCCGGAGGUCACGUCAUCGCUAGCUGCGCUGCUGAGAGAGUACGCAGUACACUAUAAUACCUCUAUGGUACAUUUAAGUGUAAAUUGUAUGUUUGAGGUUGUCAACAUUAGAAGAAUGUAUUUGACGGUUCCUUGCGUGCCUCAUUUUUGGAGAGAUGCAUGAUGAAUUUGUGUUUUACGUGAAAUACGUUUUAAGGAUCUGUGAGGAUGAAGAUUAGAGACUUCCACAUUUCACUUGAUCACAAUAAAUCCGUAUACUCGGCUGGCGAGUUUGUGUCAGGCCAUGUUGUGGUGGAUUUGAGGGGUGACCUCAAAAUGCGGGGAAUCCGUAUUUGUAUGCGCGGCCUAGCUAAGGUACACUGGAGUGAAUCUCGUGGUGGUGGCCAUCAGACAGGAUCCUACACCAAAUUUUAUGAUGCUGAAGAAGAAUAUUUCUCCCAGAAAAAGGUCUUAUUUGGCAAAGAUGAGAAUGAGUCUGGUAGUAACCCUGUAUUAGGAGUUGGUAGGCAUGAGUUUAUCUUCAGUUUUCAGUUACCAUAUGGAAGGGUUGCAACAUCUUUUGAAGGGAAAUAUGGCAGGAUUCGUUACUGGUUAAAAGCAGAAGUGGAUAAACAGUGGGGAUUCAACAGUCGUACCAAACUUGCCUUUACAGUAAUAGACCACAUUGAUAUUAACACUCCACUGUUGCUUACUCCACUUUUAGGGACCAAGGAAAAAACAGUUUGUUGCGGACUUUGUGCAGCUGGGCAAAUUAGCAUGUCAGUGAAGACAGAUCGAAAGGGUUAUUGUCCAGGUGAAUCAAUAGCAAUAUCAGGUGAAUAUGAAAAUGGUUCAGCAAGACGAAUGAAACCCAAGGCAACUCUGUACCAAAGAACCAUGUUCUACGCUGAUGGAAAGUCGAGGUCUGUACGCAGUGCUGUUGCCUGCAUACAAGGCAAGGCCAUUAGAGGGCGUUCUUCAGAUAGUUGGAGUAAUAAAUUGUUAAAGAUUCCAGCAAUAACGCCAACAUUGACCAAUUGUAGCAUUAUCAAACUGGAAUAUUUUCUAAGUAUUUGUCUAGAUAUAACUGGUGCGACCAACUUGUACAUAAACCUUCCUAUAGUUAUUGGCACCGUGCCAUUAAGAGCGCCACCAUACUCACCGAUUGAUCCAUUGGCUGUAGAUAGCUUCAACUUUAGUAUGGCUACGGAAUCAAAUGGAAUGGGAUUCAAUCCUGCCACAUUCCGUAAUGUCUGUGCUCAAGAAGCACCUCCAAGUUAUGCUGAGUGUGUAUUUGGUUCAGUAGACAUCCGUGAUGACGAGCCAGGUGAUACACUAGGAAUGACAUUUUACACACCUAUGUACUCUUAUGUCUGGAAUUACGAAUAUCGCCGUCCCCCUCCUUGUUAUUCAGUGAAUGACACAGGUUCCUCGCAGGUGACAGAAAGUAAUACACAUUCAAAUCAGCGAUCAUGAUGCUUCAACAUCUAGUAGUGGUGGCAAGAUUUUCCAGACAGGGUGUGGAGAUUUUAUAAGCAAGCGUUUGGGGGGAUUUGUUUUUUCUGUAAGUGAUUGGUAACAUUGACCAUUUACACAAGAGGUAAGCAACCUGUUAGUAGAUGGGAACGCAUAAUAGUGAGUGCCUUCUAUACUAUUCCAUUAAUGUGUAUUAAGUUGAUAGAUAGCUGAUUGAUUCAGAGAGCGGGUCCUAAUUAUUUAAUUUAUAUCGUUCUUAUUGGUUUGCUUGGUAUCACCAUACCAAACAAUAACCAUGUCAUGACACUUCAAUCAUUGAAUUUGUAAAAUUGAUUUUGAUUUGAUUUUGAAUAUUCUCAAUAUGCAGAAGUAAAGCUGCCUUCAAAACAUUCACAUCCCAUUUCAGAUUUUCACAUACAGUACAUUAAUUGCUGCAAUGAUUGAUAGCAAUCAGCAUUUAGCACAAGGUUAUUUUUUUAACAAAACUGCUCAUUAUUACAAUUGUUGUUUUAGAUUAAACCAGCUCUAUCAUUAGCAGGUUUAGUAAUGUGACAGUCUGGAAUCGAAGCAAUAAAAUAAUUAUAUUUGAAGGGUGAAGUGUUAUGAGGUGGGGAUAGGAGGGAUAAACUGUAUUUGAAAGUCUGUAUUUGACCUAAUUUUGCCUAUUUCAACUGGCUACCAUUCUUGAAAUUAAGUCAAAGAAAAAUUAUGUUCUCUGGUUUGAAAAUUCAGAGAAGGAAUAGGGAGCUUAUACACAUUCUCUUGGAUACGGCCUGUUAAUCUUUGGUUUGCAUUAAAAUUUAUAAACAUACAGCAUCCAAAAUCUCAACACUGUCACUUAAGAAUUCUGUCAAGUUGGUUUACAAGCUUUUGAUGUGCAAUGAAAUGUUUUAGGAAUCUUAAUAGCCAUUCUAAUUGUCAGACUUUCAAAAUACUUUGAAAAAUGUUAUCCCACUUUUGUUCAACAUAUUUUUAUAAGGUGAAACUUUCAAUUGAUAUUAUCUAAUUGAAAGUAUGUAACUUGAACAAUGUUUUCAUAAUGCUUUAUUAUCCUCAUUGCCUUGAUUCCAUCUUUGUGUUUUUUAUAUUCACCAACUUUUAUGACCAAUUAACCAUGAUGUCAAUUGUGAUUUGUUUCUAUUGUAAGUACAUUAAGAAUUUUCCAUGUUUCAAUCAACAUUUUGCUUUCCACAUUAGUGCUAAAAGGAAUUUUGCAACUACCAUUUUUUAAAAAGUUACUUGUAAUUUAGACACUUUCCUUCUCAAUAUUUUAUAUGUUUUGGGGAUAUUUCUUUGUGAAACUUAAUUGCACAUAUAAUACAUAGUUGUGUUUGUAAUGUUUAAUAGGUAUGUGAAAGAAAUAGAUAAAAUUUUGUCUCAUUGGGAGGAUCUGUGAUUCAUUCAGACCAAGAGAGUUUCAAGUUCAGUGUUUAAAUUUAAUUGUAACAUUCUUAGUAACUUUACUUAUGAACAUAGUAUAUCCUCAACAUUAGAUUAUAGUACUACAUUUUGCAUAAAAUGGUAAGUCUUGCUACUUAAUAGCACUGUUUAAUAGUGCAAGAACAAUCCUGUUAAACAUUUAUUAUUCAAGGAAAUUGUAUUUUUUUUAUAUAAUUAUGAGGCAGUGUGCAGUGGUGGUUAAAAUGACAUCAAUAUAGAUGUUGUCAUGUGUUCAAUGUCCACGGUUUAAGCUGUGGUUAGCCAAAUCCCAGUCAAAGUUGAAUUUGCCUAAAUAUUUUAAUUCAAAUUCACCAAAAGGCUAAUUAAAGCUAUCAUGGAUAUAUUUUUUUUAAUACAAGUUGGCAAUAUUGCUAAACAUUUGGCUUGCUUAAGCCUAGAACUUUGAUACAAAUUUUGUCAUAUGAUCAAUAUUGGUGUUGCUGCUAACAUCGAUAUAGGUGUUGUCGUGUCAGAAACAUUGAUGGAGACUUGUUAUAGAUGUUAUCAUUUGAUUUAGACAAGUGAUCAACAUUGAUAUAGACAUUGUCAUGUAUUCAACAUCAGUGUGUGUCAUGUGAUCAAUUUUGAUUUAUAUGUUGUCAUGCGAUCAUCAUUGAUGUACUGUAGAUGAUGUCAUUUGAUUGCAUUGGUGUAGAUGUUAAGUUAAGACAACAUUAAUAUAAAAGUGAAUGUGUGGUUGAUGUUAAUGAAGAUGUCAUGAUGAUCAUGGAUAGUGUCAUGAUGAGGUGGACAUAGAUGAUGUCAAGUGUAGUGCAAUUCAUGGGGGUUAGUUAUGGAACUACCAACCUUUUUGUAAACAGUUUUUAAUACUGUUCUUUAUUUAAUAUGAUAUACUUUAUUAUAAAUCUAAUAUAUUUAUUGAAAGUUUAGGUUUUGUGUUUUUAUAUUCAUGUGUAAUGAGCAAUGUGAUUGUCAUCCAGUUUGAUACGUCUACCCCUCUAGCCAUUCACUUAAUAUUUUACUUUUUCAGCAGUUAUGAUAUGUAGUAUGUCUUCCUGCUAUUCAUAUUUUUACUACAUGGUUUUCACAUGUUUGCCCUAAUAUGUUUGGACUAUACAAUCACAUGACAGUGCUAUGGCUUGUCUAAUAUUUUUUUAAAUACUGUUUUCAUUGUCCAUAUUAUAUGGAUUUAACAUACAGGUCUUAUGCAUACACUGUUGACCUCAUUCAUUAUAUCUUUCAUGUAAUGUUAGGUAUAUUUUUUUAAGGGACCAAUGAAAACGUGUUAGAAAUGGUUAUUAUGUGCUCUGGUGCUUAUAUUGAUGUUUUUGUAUUUUGAGUUACACAUAUUUUUGGUUUUUUAAAUACAGCAUUACUUUAUUAAUGUAUUUUUGGCAUUUAUUUUAUAUGACAUGAUUAAACGUAGAGGUAACAUGAUGAAUUGUUGUAUAGAUGACAUGUUGAAAUGGUGUGAAAUGUGAUUAUGACAGUGAUUUGUGAAAGUGAUCAAGCUUUAUAACAUGGUAUUGAUUUGAAAUAUGGUGGGCAGAUAUCUAGUGAUGACAAUAUAACAUUAUUGCUAAAUAUAAAACUAUUACCUUUACAGUACACCAUGUUGUAAUUUGACAGAAGUACUGUAAUAAACAUAACAUAAUUAUGAAUAUUAUAUUCAUAAAUACAAAUAUUUGGAAGUUAUUUAUAUAUUGAAAUGUGACAUUCCCAUAACCUUUGUAGCUACAGUGUUUUAGUCAGUAACACAACUUAAUCACCAUAUUUUACUGUUGCAAUAACAGCAUGUGGAUACACUAGUACUGUAGGUAUAUGCUCACUUUAACUUAAUUGUAAAUAGCUAUAUAUGUAUGUAACAUUAUGCUGGUAUUAAUGUUCUAUUAAAUCUCUGUAAGUAUGAUAUACAAUAGAUUAAUUAUUAGUCAAAAAUAUAUUUAUAUUCUUUCUCUUUAUGUUUAAUUCACCUUAUUCUUGCACUAAAUGUUUGUAUUAUUUGUUAAUCUAUAUAUUUAUGUCAUGAUUGUUUUCCUGCUCUGUUACAGUGUUAAUUUAUAAGAAAUAAUAAUUAAGACUUGAUUAAUAACUUCAUAGGACAUUUUUUUCAAUUUAACAAAUCUAACUGCACUGCAAUGAUGAAUUUGAUUGAUUAAUUGAUUGAUUGAUUGAAUUAUUAAUUGAAUAAAAUACUGCUUGGUCAGUCCA